AUGAUAGGUAAUGAUAAUAAUAAACUUUUAUUCGGCGGCGCCACCCUCAGACCAUCCGAUCUUAGCGGUGACAUUUCAGUCGAUGAAUCCUCCCGUACCGACGGCAGCAGGGAGGAGAUUGUAGAUUUCGCACCCUUCACCAGUCAGCUGGCAUCAAUCAAUGCCACUCUUAACCAGCUCCUUUCAUUGAGGACAAGUGUGGAGACGCUGUUGCCUGUUCCAUCUAAGGUUGAUCAGUUGUUGGCCUUAAAACCAGCUGUCGAAGAGCUUCGCAACACGGUCCAAGGAUUACAAACGACCGUUGACUCUUUUAGCUUGAAGUACGAUUCCGUGCUCGCUCUGGCUAUGACAAAUGAAGAGGCAGUUAAAGAACUUCAAAAGGAGGUUAACACGGUUAAGGCAACAAUGAGAAAGCAGUCGGAGACCAUUGAGAGACUGAAAGACGAGCUUAAUGACAUGCAACAAUACAGCCGUCGUUCCAACAUGGAACUGCAUGGUUUUCCGCUCUCUCAUGGUGAGGAUCUAAUGAAGGUCAUAAGUGAUCUCGCUAGGCCCCUUAACCUUCCAACACCUCAGUCGUCAGAUAUCCUGGCAAUUCACCGUCUGACCAAAAAGCCGGACUCAGUUCCGGUUAUUUUGAUUCGCUUCGCCUCUGUCACCCUAAAAGACGCUUGGAUGGCGGCACGUGGUAGACUUCACAGGCUGUGCCAAUCAGAAAACCAACCAAAGCUAUUCUUCAACGACAACCUUACAUCUUUAUUUUACAAAAGAUUUGGUGCCGAAACUCGGGAACUCGUCGCCUCAUCAGCGGCCCUUACCAGAACCGGAGGACGAUCUGACGACAUGAAACGGGUCAGAACAAAACGGACGGCUCGUCGCGGUCAAACAACCCGGCUAAUCAAGGAGGUCAGUACAGUAUUUUCAAACGAAGCCUACGACCUGAAAGACCUUAUAUUGUUGCACGAACGAUUGAGCCGCAGCAGCGAGGAGCUCAAGACCCUGAAUCGGGAGCUGGAACAAUUUGUGGCAGAUGGAGAUUUAGAGCAAGAACACGAGAGCGUAAUGAAUUACGAGGACCAAGUGGCCAGCGCUCUAGUUACACUGAUAUACCACACUGACCGGCUGAAGUGCAGUCAGGCAGUUGCGGCACCUCCGGCGACGUCUGAAGCGACAGAACGACACCGCAAAGAAACUCCAACGUUGGUGGCAAAGCUACCGAAGCUGGAGAUGCUGAAAUUCGACGGACGUAUCGGAGAGUGA